AAUCACAAAGCCUGCACACAGAAUCAACAUAGUACAUCCAUCUCACUAUGCCUUCCACAAGAAUUCUCUUGAAAUGUUUGGUUCUUGGCUGUUUCAACGCCAAUCAAUCUAAAUCCUUGUGCUCUGCUAAUAAUCAUAGUCAUAAUCAUCGUCAUAGGAAUAAGUGCUUGGCCUCCAGAAAGGUGAUGAGCUCGAGAAGGCUGUCUCUCUCUGAUUUGAGCGAUUCUUCUUCGCUCUCUAUCAUGAGCGAUCUCUCCAACUCUGUUCUCGCUUCAAAUCUUCAUAUCUUCACCCUCAAGGAGCUCAAGGAGAUCACCCACAAUUUCUGCAAAUCCAGUGUUCUUGGUGAAGGAGGGUUUGGCAAAGUUUAUAAAGGCUUCAUUGAUGAUAAGCUUAGGCCUGGUCUGGAAGCUCAGGUUGUAGCGGUUAAAGUUCUGGACUCAGAUAGCAAACAAGGACACAGAGAGUGGUUGGCCGAAGUAAUCUUUCUGGGGCAAUUGAAGCAUCCCCAUCUGGUGAACUUGAUUGGAUAUUGCUGUGAAGAUGAACACAGACUUCUGGUUUACGAAUACAUGGAGAGAGGAAAUCUAGAGAACAAGCUUUUCAAGGGUUACUUAGCAGCCUUGCCUUGGCUCACAAGAAUCAAAAUAGCCAUUGGGGCUGCAAAAGGACUUGCUUUCCUUCACGAAGAAGACCAACCUGUCAUCUACAGGGACGUCAAAGCCUCAAACAUCUUAUUAGACGCAGAUUACAAUGCCAAGCUCUCUGAUUUUGGUCUUGCCAUUGAUGGCCCAGAAGAAGAUCAAGUUCAUAUCACCACCCGAGUAAUGGGUACUCAUGGUUAUGCUGCUCCUGAGUACAUAACUUCUGGGCAUUUGACAACCAUGAGCGAUGUCUAUAGUUUCGGGGUGGUUCUGUUAGAGCUGAUUACAGGAAAGAGAUCUGUGGAUAAGAACCGUCCAAUCAGAGAGCAGGAUUUGGUGGAAUGGGCAAGGCCAUUGUUAAAAGACCCUAAUAAGCUUGAAAGAAUAAUGGACCCAAGACUAGAAGGUCAAUACUCUUAUGAAGGGGCUAGAAAAAUGGCGUAUCUGGCUCACCAAUGUCUGAGCCAACAACCCAAGUCUAGACCCUCCAUGCGAGCCGUGGUAAAGACGUUGGAACCACUCAUGAACCUAACUGAUAUACCAGUGGGAUGCUUUGUCUAUGUGGUCCCCAACGAAGGAACUGAAAAAAUUAAACCAGUUCAAUGUGGGGAUAGUCAGAUUGGAAGAAAUGGGAAUGAAUGUGAACAGAAGAAGAAGGAAGACAUGGAGCAGACGAAGAAGAAGAAGAAGAUGGAGGAUGUUCACGGAAAUCGAAAAGGUCAAAGAAGAAGACGUCAGAUUAAACUGCUGAGAUCAUCUGGUUCUGUUCAUUCAGACACUGCUCUGUACAAAGUCCUUGGCACUAACCUUUACUCUCCAAAGCAAGAACCAUAAUUUCAAGCAAACAGCCAUAAAAAGUAUACGGUUCAUCCUCAGUUUCUCAUCAUUUUUACUCAGAAAGUGUAGAGGUAGAACAAGAAUAGAAAAAAGAAACAGAGAUAGAAAGAGAGUCAUAGUGCACAUCAAGUAUACAGUUGUUUUUUUUUUUUUUGCCUCUGUUUUGAUGGCAAAUGUUCAGAAAUUCCAAUGUAUUUUUUCGUAGUGGGGAAAAACUUUAGGUGUUAGAUAGGUUUGUUCUUUUAUUUUAAAGAUUGUAAUUUU